UAUCACAUUCUCUCACUCUUUCACUACCAGACACUCUCGUACACACACGUUCACAAGGCCAACUGGCAAUAUUGAUUCAUUCGCAUAAAGAUAAAAUAAGAAGGCGAAAGGAUUGUGCAAAAGGACAGAACCAGUUUACAAUUCUUAGGCAAUUCCUCUCUCUUUCUUAUUAUUUUUUUUAUCAAUCCUCCUUUUACUCCUUUUCUUUCUUCUGCUCAGAAGAAGAACUACAUAAGAAGAAGCACAAGUCUAGGUUCUCUACCACUACUAUAUCAUCUUUCAUCUUUCAUCUUUCACUUGAUCAUAUUUCGUAUCAGACAGACAGAUUGAACAUCUAUAAAAACAACACCAACCUUGGUGUCUGGUUGUAGUAUAGAAGAAAGAAAAAGGGUUGAAUGGAUUAUCAUAUAUCUUCUGCUUCACAAUACAGUAGUGGUAGUGAAUCCGGUUGGACCCAUUAUUUGGACCAAUCUUCUCUUUCUGAAAAUUACUUGCAGAGGAGAAGUGGGGUGGUGGAGGAUGAAGGAAAGGGAGGAAGAAUGGAGGAGGAGUCUGAGGAAGAUUUGUCCAUGGUGUCUGAUGCUUCUUCUGGGCCUCCACAUUAUGAUAACGAAUACUGUUGUCAGAAUUGGUAUCCUUGCCUUUCUUCUACAACCAAAGAGAAGAAGGUCAAAGAAUAUGGCAGAAGUCAACAGUCUUCACCUCUCGAUGACACUGCAAGCUCUCCGUUUUUCAACUAUCCCGUGGAGAGUAACAAGAAGCAAGAGAGUUUCCCCGGGAAUGGAGAAGUGGAGAGUGCAUUGGAUUUUUCUCAAUGCGUAUCUGCGACAAGAAUAAAGAAAAAGACAAAAUUCCAGAAGCACUUCAGUUUCUUGGAGAGGUCUCUAGCUGGAAAACUUGGGUCAGAGGAAGAAGGUGGUUUUGAUGAAGAAGGGAAAUGAGUUUACUUUGAUGUAGCCCUUGUCACUGUUGUUGCUGCAUUGCUGUGGAAAGAGAGACCAGAAGAAUGGAUGUCAAAGGAGAGAAGCUACUCAAUGUCUGGCAAAGGCAAAAGGAACUCCUUUUUUUUUCAAAAUAUUUUAAAAAAGAAAAGCUCUUAUGUUGUAAUUUUACCCCUUUUUUUUUAAUGUGCUCGUAUGCUACUGCUGCCUAUGGUAUUGGGAGCAACCUAAGAGAAUAUAGGAAACUGAAUAAGGUUUGUGUCCUCCAUUUUCUUUUGUUGUCAUUAGUGGCAGGCAUCUCUGGGACCUCCCAGGUCGUGUUCUUUUGAUACUAUUCACAAACUCUUCCUCAUAUGGUA